AUGGCCUAUUCCAUUUCAACACAGAACUUUGUUGCGCUUUCAGAUCUGCAUCCAAAUCUGGCUCGCCCUGUAAGUCUCAGCAACGUCGGGAUUAUAUAUAUAUGUGCAUGCUGUAAGGACAUCCGUUUGAAAAGGACCACGCUUUCUGUACAUGGGAUCCCAGAUGGAGGAAUGCAGACAUCCGACAUUGGAUCUGAGAGAUACACCUUCAGUUUUACCAUUCGAGAUUCACCAGCUUACUUUAUAAAUGUAAAUUCUUGGGGCAGAGAGGAGUAUGUUAGAUCGCUUUCAGAAAGUUUUAGAGUAGGUGACUGUGUGACAAUUGAAAAUCCUUUAGUGCAAACAAAGGAACUAGAAAAGGAAGAAAAAUUCAAUCCCACAACUCCUAGCUGCUACAAAUUAUUGCUCAGUGAGACUCAUUCAGUGGUCAAAAUUUGUUGCCACUAUGAAGUGGACACCAAGCUGCUUUCCCUGUUGCACCUACCUGUAAAGGAUCCUCAGGAUUACUAUUCUCUGGGUGACAUUGUUGCAAAUGGGCAAAGCCUUGAUGGAAGAAUCAUUAAUGUGCUUGCAGCAGUGAAGUCGGUUGGGGAGCCAAAGUACUUUACCACUUCAGACAAAAGGAAAGGUCAGAGGUGUGAAGUAAAGCUGUAUGAUGAAACAGAGUUGUCCUUUGCAAUGAUUUGUUGGGAUAAUGAAUCUAUCCAGCUUGCGCAGAGUUGGAUGCCACGAGAAACAGUAAUAUUUGCAUCAGAGCUGAGAAUAAAUUUUGACAAAUUUAGGAACUGCAUGACUGCAACUGUUAUAUCAAAAACCAUUUUUACAACUAAUCCAGACACACCAGAAGCGAGUAUUCUUUUCAACUUCAUAAAAGAGAGUGCAGCAACAAGCGCUUUGGAUGAUAUAACUGAGGAUCAGUUAAAAGAAUCCAUAAAUUUGCAGACUAUAGUUGACAUUUAUACUGUGGAGCAGUUAAAGGUAAAAGCUUUGCAGAAUGAGGGGAAACCUGAACCAGUGUAUGGCAUUAUUUACGCUUAUAUUUCUACACUGAACAUUGAUACUGAUACAUCUAAAAUUAUACGAAACAGGUGUUCAGGGUGCCACUAUGUGGUCAAUGAAAUGUCAAACACAUGCACUUUCUGCAAUGACAACUCUUCAGAUGCUAAGUCUGUCUUUACCAGUUUUGAUUUGCUAGUUGAUCUUACAGAUCACACAGGCACUCUACGUUCAUGUAACCUCUCAGACGUUGUAGCUGAGGAAACAUUAAGCUGCACGGUACAUGAAUUCCUCACUCUGACGGAAGAGCAGAAGACAGCAUUAAAAUGGCACCUUCUUCUUGAACGAAGCAAAAUUUAUUUUAAAUUGGUUUUGUCACCCAGUUUGAGAACCGGAUUGAGAGUGAACUUGCUUUCAUGCAAACUAGCAGAUCCUGUAGAGGCCAGUCAGAGCUUGUCAGGAAAAGGAAGAAAAUAACAUUGUUUGGCUUUUUAACAGCUGGAAGGAUUUAAAAAAGUUGUACUGCAUUGAAAUGACAUUAUUAUAAAAAAGAGGUUUGAUGCAAUACUUGUAUUUUGUUAAAUGUAUUUAGACUGGUAAAAGAGAAACAGGAUUAUUACUGAACUUUACAAAUGGGCCUAUAUCUUCUUGAUCUUUCCGUUUUAUAUUAUUCAUCUUAGAAAAGCUUAUUUAGGGGUCAUUUUAGGAAAAAAUCUGUCUGCCAUCUAGAUGCACUUUCUGUUGAAUUAAGCCCCUUAAGUAGAAAGGGAAACAAUUUUCAUUCAGUUUAUUAUAAAUUCUGAAAAAUGCUCAAAGGGAUAAUAAACAGUUAUUUAAUCUAAACUGCAGACAUGUUUUUAUUACAAUAUACCCCAUAGGAAAGAAAUUCUAAAAGUAUAAUUCUUGAAUUAUUGCGGUAGGUAUGAUCUGUGAUCUUGUAUAGCAUGGGAGAAUAGUUAUCACAAUGCAAUAAAAAGAAAAUUCUCUCUAGCCAAAAAUGAUCUUCUGUGACUGCUGGCUCACUGAAGUUCUGUGUUCUCCAGCCGAAGAGCAUAACCACUCCUUUUUGGGGAAAGUUCCUGUAAUUCGGAAUUACAAAACACAAUAGACCAGUGGUUCUCAACCAGGGGUACAUGUACCCCUAUGGGUACACAGAGGUUUUC